CAAAAUCAUAAAAAAUCACAGACAUUCUUUUUCUAAUACAAUAAUGACUGUCGUCUUGGGACAAGAAUCGAAUAGUUUCACUAUGGAGCCACUGUAUGAAGGCCUGUUGCAACAAAAGUUUAUGUCCAGCACGGAGGCUAUAGAGUUUUGUCGCCAAAGUUGCCAGGAAUAUGGAUUCACAAUCAAACAAGAAGCUGGUGCCAAUAAGAACAUCUACAUUUAUUGUUCACGUGAAGGUUUAGGUCAGCAAGCACAAAGAAAGCGACCUUUAAAGAACUGUGAGUGUAAAUGGAGAGUGGUCUUAUCCGAAGAUGAAUACUCACAGUGGACCUUUCGAAAGUCAUUAAACCCCACCGCUUGCGAACAUAACCAUUCAAUCGUCCAAUGGCCUCAGGAUAUGGUCGAUAAAAUCAUUCAAUUAGCGCGUAAAAACUCAACGGACGAUGAAAUUCGUGCCGCUAUAAAAUCACAAUUUCCAAACGUCAGCUGGGAUGACCGUCUAUUUUACAAUCACCUAAAUGAAGAACGUAAAAGAAUGAAACAAAAAGAGGUGACGGAUAGAGUGCAGAAAUUAGUGAUGGCUUCUACAAAACUAUGUUCGGUUGUAGCUGCCAAUGAGGAUUGGGCUUCCUCUGUUGAAUCUGACCUUACAAAGAUGCUGGAUGUCUAUAGAGAAAUGACAAAAUUAACAAACCAGUCUCUAGAUUCAAUGGUUGAUUUACAAUUGGAUAUGAUUCAUUCAGAGAUUGACAAGAGAAACAAGAGAGGCGAGUUAAAAAAGAGAAAAAUAACUGCUGUACAAGGUGUUCAAGUCAUGUCUAUACCAAGCUGCACACUUUAUAUUCGUUCUCAGCCUCUACGUUCUUUAUCAGAGACAAGACAGUCCUUUGAUUCGCCUCCUCCACAGUUAUUGAAUCCAUUCAAUCUUACCUCCCCUUCCUCUUCGCCUUCUUCUACUUCAUCCAUACACCAAAGAAUCGAUUAUGCUUACACUACCAAUAGAAAUAAUGAAAUACUGCAAUCACCUCCAAUGCCGGACAACACAUCCAUGAUUAUCACUCCCAAUUUCAACAAUAACAACCCUAAUAACUAUUUAGCUCCUUAUACUACAACUAUUAUCCGCGUGAAUCCUCUCCCAAUACAAGUGGUACUUUACAGCAACGCAUCAUGUUGCAGCAGGAAUAUGAACAGCAACGACAUUUGCAGCAGUCUACUACCUUGCCCAUUAUCAGGUCCACUGCUACCCCAAUGA